AGGAGCGAUGGAGGGGUCGUUGUUCGGUUGGACGGUUCCGCGGAGAGUCCCCUAACAUCUGCACCACCAUGAUCCCCGUGUCCCUGCUGGUGUGCGUGAUGGCAGCCUGGUGUGCUGUGUAUCUGGCCGACACGCUGCUCAGGUCGUCCAACACACACAGGAUCAACUAUGAGUCAUGGCUGGCCAGUCGAGGGCUGAUGGUGUCUCCUUUCCACGUAAGAUGGCAGACCACGAUGUUCAACCGGCUGUUUGCAUACUGCGCCCGCAUCAACCCCCGAGUCCUCUACAUGUGGUUCAACAGUGGUCUGGUGUUUGGUAUUGUAGCCAUGCUGGGAUCAGUGAUUCUGCUGAUAAAGACCCUGCAGCAGACGUACGCUCAGAUGACCACUGACGACCCUCGGAUAGGAGGUCAGCAGGCGCUGCAGGUGGUGGUCCCAGGUGUCAAUCUGCCCACCAGUCAGCUGGCCUACUUCUUCAUCGCUCUGCUGCUCAGUGGAGUGAUACACGAGCUGGGCCACGCUGUGGCAGCAUUGAGGGAGCAGGUGAGAGUAAACGGUUUCGGGAUCUUUGUGUUCGUGUUGUAUCCAGGUGCGUUUGUGGACCUCUUCACCACUCACCUGAACCUCGUGUCACCUACUCAGCAGCUCCGUAUCUUCUGCGCAGGUGUGUGGCACAACUUUGUUCUGUGCGUGGCGGCACUGGCCAUCCUCUUCCUGCUGCCGGUCUUUCUGUUUCCCAUGUACACCACUGGAGUCGGAGCGCUGGUUACCGAGGUCGUUCAGAGUUCUGCAGCUGACGGACCCAGGGGUCUGUCAGUCGGGGACAUUGUGACGGGGCUGGAGGACUGUCCUGUGAGGGGAGUCGAGGACUGGAUAAGCUGCCUGUCUCACCUCUCUCACACACCACAGACAGGAUACUGUGUCCCAGCUGCCAGCCUUCAGCCCAGCUGGGCUCAUGGACGACCUUUUAAGCGUCUAGAUGGAACGAUGGACUGCUGCCGCAACAACAGCCUGACAGACCUCUGCUUCUCCUACAUUAAAUCACAGGGCAGGAACAACAUAGAAAGAGAGUAUGCCUGUAUGCCGGUGCGCAAAAUGGUGACGGGCACACAAGUAUGUCGCAGUGACGAAGACUGUGCCGAACACGCCGCCACCAGUAUUUGCGUCACCCCCUCUCUGGAAAACCAGACGCGAUUCAUCCGUGUCACACACCCUCCUAACACACACAUGCUGUUCGUUGGGUACCCGCCGCACCUGCAACAUGCUGUGAGUCUGACCAACUUUGUACCCCGCUUUGCUUUUCUCCAUUUGGACCUGCCUAUAUUCUUGGACACCUUCCUCAAAUACGUGGUGUCCCUCUCUGGUGCGUUAGCAGUUGUCAACUCUGUGCCCUGCUUUGCUCUGGACGGUCAGUGGAUGCUGAACGCCCUGCUGGAGGCCACGCUGGUUACCGUGGUUACAGAUCGUCAGAAGCGUGAGUUAAUUGGCUUCUUCCUGUUGCUGGCAGGGAGCGCCCUGUUAGCAGCCAACGUGGCACUCGGCCUGUGGAUGGUCACGGCGCGGUAGAAGCUGCGGUUUGCUCACCUGGCAAAACGAGUAAAGGAGAAGAGCUCGGCGCAGGAUGUGUGACACCUCAGGGUGCUGUUGACACGCGUCGACCAUUAAACUGUGAUCACACAGGGAACAGCAUCACAGCAGUGCUGCUCCUUUUUGCGGACUGUUAAGCAGAAAUUCACUCAACCUUUAAACAGUUUCUGGACGGACACUGGAAACCUUCUUCCAUUUUGCUGCCACCAUUAGUACCGAAGCACAGAACCAGUAACGCACCUGGACUCGUCAAAAGGCUGAUUACACACACACAUCUGAAUAUUUAAAAAUGGGUGAAGUGUUUGUGUUUGGAGGUGAGCAACAUUCUUGUUUGAUGCUACAUUUUCUUGUCAUGACUCAGAAGUUGGAGAAAAUACAAUUAUAUUACUAAAAAGUCACAAUUUGUUCAAAGAUGAGGUUUUGAAAGCCUUUAUUUAAUUUCUGAAUGCAUGCGUGUAUUUUGAUCUAUAAUGUAUUUUCACUGUUGGGAGAAUUGCACUACCUAAUAUUCUUUAAUUAAACAUGAAUUAUGUAAUU